AUGUCGGUUGAUACCUCGCUUGCGACCUUGAACUUUCCUCCUUCACCUCCCUGCGGCCCUGGCAGUCGGGAACGAGGCUUUCCUUCAAGUAUCAAAGUGCCACAGCUACCAGCUCGAUUCGACAACAUUCUUUCUUUAGCAAACGGGCUAAGGACUCCUCCUACUGACAACAUGAGCACCGCUUUCCAACCCCCACUGGCUUCGUGGGAUAGCCAUGCUAUUCACAACUACCCUGAUGUGCCACAAGCUGCCCGAUCUGCAGCUGCCAUGAACGAUACGAGAAGUUCUCAGUACUACCGAUAUCCUGCGCAUCAACAAGAGCAACAGCAACAUCAGCCACAACCACAAACUACAUACAACCACUACUACCAGCAGGAGCAGUCGACACAUUUACCUCAUGAGCUACACCCCGCAUCUCAAGUAUCCCAACAACGAAAUGGGUCCGUCUCGACAGUUCCCCAGAUGUUGCCAGCUGUGGGACAGACCAUCAGGCCUUCGACACCACCUGUGUCUUCUAAAACCGUGAAUAAGGACGACUCCGAGUCGCUAGUCUAUCACAGCCUGCAAAUACCCAAGUGCAUCAGCCCUUCGGGCGGGAACCUUGCCGAUUUCGCUGCUCAGAUGACAUGCUUGUUCUGGUUUGAGUCUAUUGAUGAACUCAAGCAAGCCGAGUCGAUCCGUACAAGGGGCCCCAAUGCUCCCAUUCCGCGGUUACCAUCUCUCGCCAAACCCUACGACCAAUUUCGGAAGUGGGUGUACAGCGUUCUCUCCACAACACAAGUGACCCAAAAUGUCAUACUGUUGGCCUUGCUGUUCAUCUACAGACUAAAAAUGUCUACACCUCAGAUCAAAGGCCGCGCGGGUAGCGAAUAUCGGUUGCUGACUGUGGCCCUCAUGCUCGGGAACAAAUUCCUGGAUGAUAACACCUACACGAACAAAACCUGGGCUGAGGUAUCAUGCUUCAAUGUGCAGGAGAUUCAUGUUAUGGAAGUGGAGUUCUUGAGCAACAUGCGAUACAACUUGGUGGCGACGAAGGAGCAGUGGGAAGAUUGGUUGGACAAGCUGGCCUGUUUCCAUGAGUACUACGACCGGGCUGUGCGAUUGCCAGAAUCCCCUGUUCACAUCCCUUCGCCGACGAACAAGGCCCAUCACUCACCUGUCGCUUCACCAACCGGUGUCAUGCAGCCCACCGUCAACCUCCCCCCUACUCCGGCUGUCACGACCAACUACUCACCUACUUCGAGUCACUCACAGAACUGGACAGCAUACCACACGAACACCGUCUCUCCACUGUCUACCAAGCCCAACUUGCAAUUCCCCGUCUCACGGAAGCGAAGUCCCGAGGGAGAGAUCCUGGAACACCCAGCUAAGCGACUUGCGCCCCCUCAUCGAGGUCCUGGUCCCGCCAUGGUUCAGGUUGUCCACCCGCGAUCCAAUGGAAUUGUUGAGCCGGCGAGGCUACCUGUUCCCCAUCUCAGUGUCAUGACUGGACAGCCUCAGAUGCAAUCCCAGGUCCAGCCCACGUCAACACCCUUCAGCAAUGCCAGUGUUAACGUCAACGUCAACGUCAACGGGUACCCUCAAACUGCACAGCAGAUGGCUCAACCUGUUCACGUCUCGCUUCCUCCGUUGCAGACCGGUAUGCGCGCCAUGUCGACAGUCUAUUCUUCAACUCCCACGGGCAUGGUGCAAAAGCAACCGCUUCCUACAUCGACGGGUGUCGCCAUGGCGCAGGCUGGCUUAUCUACUCAGGCACCUGUCAACUUUGGCACCCCUAAUAAGCAACACAGCCCUGGUCGACUAGGUCCUUUCAACUCGUCGCCUUUGGCCGAGGCCUAUGGUCAAGCAUCGGCUGUUCACACUCCUAUGACACACACUCCCAUCUCUAACUCGCCGAGUGUUUACCUACAACAACGACAUAGUCCGUACAAGCCGGUGCGCCACGUCAACACGCUGCUGUACCCCCCUCCGUCGGCAUCGUUGGAGCAGUAUCAUCUCUCUGUGCCUCUUCCCCCGACACAGAUGCAUUAUCAACCCCUCGGACGACGAAAUGAUCUCCGAACCGGCAUUGUGCCAGAGUUUGUUGUCUACGACCGUGGUCACCCGCAACAUCAGACUCUUCCUCCUCACGGACUCGUUCAGGGACACUACCCGUCUUAG